AGAGAGAGAGAGAGGUGAUUUACUUCCACGGUUCUGAUGACGUCACACGCCGUACUGCGGCGCCAGCAUCAUGACCGGAUGAAGGGCAGAGACUCUGCGCCAAACGGAGCGGUGUAUUAAAGUAAACACAAGUCCUGCGUUGUCGCUGCUGAUCAGUUCGCUAACGCGUUUGUGUGCAAAUGCGACUUUCUGCGUUUCAGCUCCAGGGGCCGUAAAUCAGCCGCCGACGCGCGCGCGCACUCACACACUCACUACACUGUACACAGUGCCAAGCAGCAUUUGGGGAAAGAACAAAUCCAGAAGCAUGGAUGUGAAGAACAUGAGAGAAUACAUGGGCUGGUUGUACUACCAGUAUCUCCUCAUCACAGGCAUCUACGUCCUUGAACCAUGGGAGAAGUCCAUCUUCAAUACGGUCCUCUUCACCAUGGUGGCAAUGGUGGUCUACACUUCCUAUGUCUUCGUGCCCAUCCACGUGCGCCUGGCACUGGAGUUUUUCUCAGGACUUUGUGGGGAGCAGCCAGAGAGUACUGUAGCUCUAAUUAACUAAAAUUAGACAAAAACACAAAAAACUUUGUUUGUGUUUUAUUUUUUGUCUUGUUUUAGAGUUGGAUGAGUUUCUCAGGAAGAUUCAGGAGUGAUAAAAGAAGAAAAUGAAUCGUGAAAAGCCAUGUCCAAUCUGUCUUCUCCUUUCCCACCAGGUGUGAUGGUACAGAAUGGGACCCUGAAUGACUGCACGUAUUUUGCAUGACAGGACCAAUACGUGACUUAUGAUCAUUUGCAUGCGGCUGCUUCGUCACUGGUUUUACCCAUUAUUCGAUUCACCAAUAUGGCAGCGUGCAUUACUCGCUCUCUCGGACGUCAGAUUCCCUUAAAAAAAGUCUCGAUCUUCUUUGAAUCCGUGUUUAUAUUCGCGUUUCCUAUGCAAUGAGGCUGGUCCGAGUGCAAAGCGUUUUAAAUGUUAUCUGAUAUUGUAUUAUUGAUUGUCUGAUUGAUUUUAUGGCACCCGGUAAUUUAAAUCCGCCUGAACAAUAGUUUCAUUUCUUCCAAACGCUUUAAUCUCUUACUGUCUGAGCACGAAACAAUUUUUAUAUACUACGCUCAAAUGAUCUGGUGCGAAAAGUAAAAUUCUCGAACCAGCAAACUGUACUGAACAACGCAUGCUUUCACACUUAGAUCGACGGAUUAUCGACACCUUGACCGAUCAACACGCCUUUCACGUACGCUGUGUCUUUAUUUUCUCUUUGUUUAUAUAACGUGUCUAUAUUAUUACUAUAUACUUGGCUGAUUAAAAUGUCAGUAAAUUUUUUGCGCACUUUUGGGUGCUCUUUACGCCAUACAUGUAUUUUAACAGCGUUUAUUUGGAAAUCAUUUAUUUUGUGUUUUAAUUUUGGAGACUAUAUAUAGAAUAUAGAGUCACAGACAUUUUAUAUGACAUUUCUUUGAUUCUGAUAUGGAUAUGAACAGUCAGUGAAUGUUUUUUUUAUUACAUGAAGUUGAUUUUACACAAAUAAAGUAAUUUUGCAAGAUA